UUUACCUGCAAGAGUCGUCUACAGUAGAGGGAGGGAAAGGGUCGGUUGGCCAUAUUGGAUUUAACUAAAAUAAUUUCUUGCAUUUGCAGCUGAUGGCCAGCAGUUGAUGGUGUAUUUUAUGACGCAUUAAUGUCCACUUCAUUUAUAACAUAAGAAUCCACAAGAAGCACAAGAAAAUGGCUUUUAGACAGCUGUCCACUCUAUGCAUGAAAGGGUUAAAACAAUAUUGCUGACUUAUUUUUUCAUGCAUUCAGUGGAGGUUUGACUGCUUCCUGUCCACCUUUGCUGUAAUUUAUGCAGAAAGAGACUGAACCGCAUCACAAACACUACAGCAGGUUUUAUCCUAUUAAACUUUUAAAUAUCAAAUUUUCAGACAAGGAAAAUGAUCAAGCGCGUUAACUUCCGCCUGCUCUUGUUGUUCUAGACUGGUUCCUCCAAUCUCUUUGUCCUGUGCCGAUCUAGACGACAUAGAGAGAUGCUUGUCAUGUUAGCGCUGUGUUUUUCCUCUGAGAGCCCGCAGGACUAUAAGUGUUGUAUAAAGCGUCAUUUACCUGUCACUUCCUAAAGAGGACAUAGUUUAUAAAUAUCAUCCAGUGGAGCUGUGGCUCAGGGACUACAAAAACGCCACCCACAAUCGCCCCCAUUGUUCACUGGCAUCAUUGUCGGUCUGACAUCCCAGCUGCUCAGCCAUGGUAAGUCGGCAUGUGUGACAUGUUUGUUACUGUAAGGACAGGUGAGUUUUCUUGGCUUUGGAGAUGCUGCUGUCAGAGUGGACAGCUAAUGGCCCCCAAGAAAGCCAAGAAGAGGGCGGCGGAGGGAGCCAACUCCAAUGUGUUCUCCAUGUUCGAGCAGGCCCAAAUCCAGGAAUUCAAAGAGGCCUUCACAAUCAUGGACCAGAACAGAGAUGGCUUUAUUGACAAGAAUGAUCUGAGGGACACCUUCGCUGCUCUUGGACGUCUGAAUGUGAAACAGGAAGAGAUCGACGACAUGCUCAAAGAGGCUCCUGGUCCCAUCAACUUCACAGUCUUCCUCACAAUGUUUGGUGAGAAGCUGAAAGGUGCGGAUCCAGAGGAGACCAUCCUCAAUGCGUUUAAAGUCUUCGACCCCGAGGGAAAAGGCAUACUGAAGAAAGACUACGUGACACAGAUGCUAACAACGCAGGCCGACCGAUUCUCCUCUGAAGAGAUGGAGCAGAUGUUUACCGCCUUCCCCCCUGAUGUGGCUGGAAACCUGGACUACAAGAACCUGGUGCACAUCAUUACUCACGGAGAGGAAAAAGACCAAGAGUGAACCUUUUUCAUCCUGUUUUUUUUUCAGUAAAUCUAUAGGCUAAAAGUGGGAACUGUAAGCUUUUUACUUAUAUUAGCUUUAUUCUUUCUGUACAGUCAGACUAAAAAAAACGAUGCUUCCAAAAUAUUUUCCUCAAAACAAAAACAAAUACAGACAGCUAAGAGUUUAAUUGCAAUAAGAUAUUUUUGUUCCGUUUUAUUUCCGGUAAUUAUCAUAUUUUUAUCCUAAUUUUGUAGACCAAAAGCUACUAUUGUCUGUUUUACAGUGCCUUCAAACUUAUUCGCAUCCCUUGAUCUUUUCCACUGUUUGCCAUGUUCCCACUACAAACGUCAGUUUUAUUGGCAUACCAACACAAUCGUGCAUAAUAGUGCAAACAGGAAGAAAAUUAUUUUCAAAGUUUUUUUUUGUUGUUGUUUUUUUCCAAAUAAAAAUCUGAAAAGUGUGUCGUGCAUUUCACCCUUUACUUUGACACCCCUGAGAGCAAACGGCUUCCUUCAGAAGCCUCCUAAUGAGUUAGCCUGAACAUACCACCUCCACUGUGGCGAAUGGUAGUGGCAGCAUCAUGCAGUAGAGAUGCUUUUCCUGAGCUGGGAA